CGAUGGACAUGAAACCACCAAUCUCAACCCUUAGAUAUGCCAGGUGUCAGCCAUCUAGCGCACGGAUCGUGCUAUUCUAUGCUUUGAUUCAGGACAAUACCCCGCCAUCGCGGCCUAUAUAAACCCUUCUUCUUCUCCAUCGAUGAGCAGCGAUGGCGAGCAGAGAAGACGGGGAGAUCGGAGUGAGCAUUGCCAAGCUUGGUGAUGAUGAUGAUGAUGCUCGGGAGUCGCUCAUCAGCAAGGGCAAGGAAUCGGUUAGCAUGGUUCUAUUCAGCACCUUCGUCGCUGUUUGUGGGUCCUUUGAGUUUGGAUCAUGUAUCGGGUUCUCUGCGCCUGCGCAGGCGGAUCUCAGGAAGGAUUUGGAUUUGAGCCUGUCUGAGUAUGGGUUGUUUGGUUCAUUAAUGAAUUUUGGAGCAAUGAUUGGUGCAGUGGCCAGUGGUCCUACUUCUGAUUUUAUCGGUCGCAAGGGGGCAAUGAGAGCAUCAGCUAUUAUCUGCACCAUUGGAUGGCUUGCUAUAUACUUUGCGCAGGGUGCUGUACUCCUUGAUCUUGGGAGGUUUGCCACAGGAUAUGGAAUUGGAGUUCUUUCCUACGUGGUACCAAUAUUCAUUGCUGAAAUUACUCCGAAGAAUCUCCGAGGAGCCCUCACAACCUUAAAUCAGCUGAUGAUAACCGUGGGAAUAGCAGUUGCUUUCAUCAUUGGUGCACUUGUCAGUUGGCGAACUUUGGCCUUAACUGGAAUUGUUCCUUGUUUUGUUCUUCUUGUUGGGCUGGUCUUCAUCCCAGAGUCUCCUAGAUGGCUGGCAAAAAUUGGACGCCGCAAAGAAUUUGAGGAUGCAUGUCAAAUCCUUCGAGGAAAAGAUGCAGAUAUUUCUGCAGAGGUCCAAGAGAUUCAAGAACACAUUGAUACUUUAGAGACUCUGCCCAAGGGUCGAGUUCAAGAUCUCUUUCAAUGGAAUUAUAUACGGCCUGUCAUUAUAGGAGUUGGUCUCAUGGUGUUCCAACAAUUUGGUGGGGUCAAUGGAAUCAUAUUCUAUUCCAGUGAAACAUUUGCAGCUGCAGGGUUUUCAUCGGCUAGACUUGCGACUAUCUUGUUGGGCCUUACUCAGAUACCUGUUACAAUUUUAGGUGCUAUUUUCCUGGAUAGGACUGGGAGAAGGCCUCUUCUUAUGAUCUCAGCAUCCGGAACAUUUCUGGGCACCUUUCAAGCUGGCUUAUCAUUCUAUUUCAGGGACCAUAACAUGUACACUGAUUGGGCUCCAAUACUUGCUGUUUCUGGUAUGCUGACUUAUCUCGGAUCCUUCUCCAUCGGAAUGGGAGCUAUUCCAUGGGUCAUCAUGUCUGAGAUAUUCCCUCUAAACAUAAAAGGAAUUGCUGGAAGUUUAGUGACUUUGGUGAAUUGGUCUGGAUCUUGGUGUACUUCUUAUUCCUUCAACUUCCUCAUGAGUUGGAAUUCAGCAGGUACAUUCUUCAUCUAUGCUAUAAUCAAUGCAUUAACAGUUGUAUUUGUGGCAAAGAUGGUACCUGAAACCAAAGGUCGAACACUGGAAGAGAUUCAUGCAUCAAUGAGUCCCCAUACGAGGAUUUAGAAGGUUUGCCAGUUUGAGAUUCCAGUUGAUGCUAAUUAUGCAGAAUUGAUUAAUUAUUGUUCUUAUUUGAUUGCAAGUAGUGCAAGAUUAUUGCAAUUCAAUUCAUUAACAUGUGAUCCUAUUCUGUCAUGUAAGUUUCAUUUGAGCAUUGAGAGUUGACAAUUGAGUCUUAAUAAUAUAUUAUUUAACA